AUGGCGUCACGCUCUGCCUCUUCGGGGGCGAUUCCGGCGCUGGACCAUCUGAUUCUGCUGGUCAACGAUCCACGCACGGCGUCUUCGCAGAUCGACAGCGCACUGGAACGGGCCAUCUGCACGUUUUCUGCCCUCGGCUUCCAGGUUGUCCGAGGCGGGUUGCACGCCGACGGGAUCACAUCCAAUGCGCUCAUCGUCUUUCCGGACGGCGUGUACAUUGAGCUGGUGCAGUUCGAGGCAGCACCCGGGCUAUCGUCUGGCGAAAAGCGGGCGGACUUUGAGGCGAGGAGGAAGAGGCAUUGGUGGUACAACUCGCGCCCGGGGUGGAUCGACUGGUGUCUGCAGGAUGGCAUUUCCGACGGCAUGAUUCAGAGCAUUAACGACAAUGCGCAUCGGCUACGACAGACGGCGCAUGAGGAGGAGCAGCGUGAAUCGCAGGACGGCAUGCGAAUCGUCGCACCCCGACUACGAUACCUGCCCCCACAGGAGGGAGGCAGAGUUACAAUGACGGGCGAAGAGUUGCGGUGGAAAGUAAGCUUCCCCGCCCCACCCGAGGGUUCGGUGGGCAAUCCGAGAUCAGCAGUACCGUUUUGGUGUGCGGAUCUUACGGCUCGCCAGCUGCGAGUUCCACUCACCCGGUCCGUUCACGAGAAUCGCUCUCCGGGCAUUGCAGAGAUCACGCUGCUGUAUGCGCGCGAUACAGUAGCGGCGUACCUGGACGUGAGCUUGGCGCUCAAUCAGCCGAUUGAUGCUGCAACCCUGCCCAUCUCCAGCGAGCUACAGCUCGUACCCAACCAAAUCCCACAUCGACUGCUUGCUGCUCCUGCACCUGCGCCCAAGCCCGACACUACCCUGGCCAAGGGAGAGGGACAUCCUCAUCACCAGGCGCAGAUGCCACAAAGGUUCAUCAGGGUCAUUGUCAAGGUCGCGGAAGAUCCACAGGAUUUCGCCUGGAUCGAAAGGCAUGGAGAGGGAUUGUACGAGGUGGCCAUUUACGUCGCAGCGGAUAAGUUGCCUGCAACAGCUCCACCGGAUGGAAUCGGUAAGUUCAUCCCCAACAUACCCUAUCUCACGUUCGGAUGA